GAAUAGUCAGUACUCAGCUACAUCUCGUCUUGUAAACAUCUCUUGGUGUUCUAAAAAGAAGAAAUACAAACAAAAUAAAAUAUUUGAGUUUUAUUUAAAAAAAAUUACAAUUUUUAAAAAUAAAUUCAAAAGACAUUCUCCAAACAAUAAAAACAACAAACAAGUUCUUAUAACAAAAACAAUGGUUAAAAGUGUUAACGAAAUGGAAUUCAAAAGCAACUUCUCAAUUGAUGCCAUUUUGGCUAGAAACACUAACAACAACAGCAACUCCAAUGUACAACAACAAACCACUGUUGUGAUCAAACAAGAACCCGAUUGCCACAAGGAUGCUGCCCUCUACACUUCCGAUGAUGGUGAAAUCUCCGAGGAAUUUGACAAUCCCAGCCGCACCAGUACCCCCAUGAGCAGUGCUGCCGAUUCUCUCUCUUCCGGCGAAGAUAAGCUGGAAGAUGAUCAGAGUUGUGACAGCGAUGAGGAUAAGGCCGGCAAAUCGGAGGGUGAGGGUGAUGACAAGAAACCCCCCUACAGCUACAAUGCCUUGAUCAUGAUGGCCAUUCAAAAUAGCCCCGAACAACGUUUGACUUUGAAUGGUAUCUAUCAGUAUCUGAUCAAUCGAUUCCCCUACUUCAAGAUGAAUAAGCGCGGCUGGCAAAACUCCAUACGCCACAAUUUGAGCCUGAACAAAUGCUUUGCCAAGAUUCCACGCAGCUAUGAUGAUCCCGGCAAGGGCAACUACUGGAUCUUGGACCCCAGUGCCGAGGAGGUGUUCAUUGGUGAGACAACGGGAAAAUUGCGCCGCAAAAAUCCCGGUGCCAAUCGUGCCCGUUUGGCUGCCUAUCGCCAGGCCAUCUUUUCGCCCAUGAUGGGUCGUUAUGCUGCCGCAGCCGCCGCCGCUGCUGUACCCUUCCCUGGUGCCAUGCCAUUUGCUCCCGGUUAUGCCAAUGCUGCUGCCGCCGCUGCCCUGUAUCAACGCAUGAAUCCCUAUGGUGCUGGCUAUCCAGCUGCCGCCGUACCCCAGCAGCCUCCCCAGAUGCCAGUCUACAAUCAAAUGCCUCCCACCAAUGCCAUGUAUCCAUCCGGACCCAUGCCCAUGUCUGCUGAGCUCUUCCAUCGCAUGCAACUUUUGGGAAAAUUCCCAGCCAGCUAAAUUCUGAGCCCUCGACACCAUCAACACCAGCAGCAGCAGGAUAGUUGUGGAAAAGAAUACAAAACGCAAAGCGUUCUUGAAUUACUCUAAGCGCACCGUUCCAUAAAAAAAUUGGUCAUGAAAUUUAUGUCACGGCAAAAUUGGGACGAAGACGACUUGACAGCGACUUUGGACCUUGGGGAUAUGGCAUGAGCUGAAGCCGCACACCGCUAUUAUGAGAGAGGACAGCGGGUUCAAUCGACAUAUUCUGGUGUCCAGUUAUGGGGCAAUAGCAGUUAGAAUGCUGGGACAGCAUUAGCACAGAGACAAAAGGCGGGCCUUCUUUGAAAAGCAAAAAAAAAAAAAAAAAAAAAAACAAAAACGAAAAAAUUCCAACUUUA